GCAGUGUGUGCUGUGUGUACACGGUGGACAGUCCGCCGGUGACGUCACUGUACGUAGCGUGGUGACGUCGUGUGUAGUGCGUGCGAUACGUGUGGUCCUUGUGUGGUAGCCUGCAGUGAUUACCUUGCAAGGUUUCUAUUCAGCAACGUUUCUGACGCAUAAAUAAUCUGGCGUCAUCAUUUACUAUCUAGAACGGUGAUGCUGCACUGGAUAUACUGAUUAAGAUUCGUGGAGCAUUGAUUACGAAAGAAUCCUGAAACGCUGGUUGAAAAGAUUGGAACAACCCAGUAUUUGCAAAUCCACAAGAAAAUGUGAACCUUAAGCACAAGUGAACUCCACAUCGUAAAAUAUAACAAAAGGUCCGAUGACAGCAGAGGUAUUGGGAUGGAGUAUGUGCUAGACGGAGCAGGCCGCUGUCCCCUUCACGCGACAUGGACACUCAAGCCUGCUUCCUCCUCAGCUCAGAUGUUUUGUUACACCGUGCUGCUGAGUGUAGUUCUAUGGGCCACCGCUGUCAGCGCCAUGUGUCCUCCACAGUGCUUCUGUUACGAUGACACCCUCACCGCUACCUGUACCAGCGCCAAGCUCGCUGUUUUCCCCAUCCAGCUGAACCCCGAUGUUAAACACAUAGAUCUCAGUGGCAACAGAAUACCCAGCGUAGAUUACACCUUGACCUUUUACAUCAACCUCAUUCACUUAGAUCUUUCUCACAACAAAAUUCAUUCGUUAGGUAGUCACAAUUUCGAAAGACAAGAAAAUCUAACUUUUCUUAACAUAAGCUAUAAUCAUAUUUCACACCUCGGGAAAGGAACAUUCAAAGGCCUUAAAGUUCUAAAACUUCUUGACAUUAGCAAUAACUCAAUAGAAUCAGUAGAUGGGGGUGCGUUCAUAGACACUGUUGAACUUGAAGUGCUUAAUUUAUCUAACAACAAGAUAACAUCUUUUGAAGAUCCGGAUGUGUUUAGAAAUCUUCGAAAACUGAAGUUUUUAUAUCUGGACGGAAAUCAGAUUUUAGAUGUUCCGAGUCAAGUACUUCAAAAGCUUCCCUACUCGUCGAUAGAACUCCUUAGUUUAUCAAAUAACUAUAUAGAUACGUUGGAUGACACGUCGUUUCCUUCGCCUGUUAUGGGCUCCCUAAAGCGGUUAUCGUUGGCCUCCAACGCUAUAUCGAGUAUACAUCGGUCAUCGUUCAAUUCUCUUCACUCUUUAAGUUACCUCGACCUCUCAGACAACAAUCUUACCCUGGUGCCGACUGAGCAAAUGUCUAAACUAAGUCAAUUGGUUGAGCUAGAUCUUAGCGAUAACAUGUUCACUGAUCUACCUGCAGUAGCCUUUCAGAGUCUGUUCCAUUUGAAGAUACUGCAUAUUUCAAAAAUGCCUCGGCUGUCCCGAGUGGACUCCAGAGCGUUUGUGGACAACAUCCAUCUAGAGUCAGUUUUAAUGGACGACAACAAGGAUAUCACGCAAUUACCCACAAGAGUGUUCCACGGAAAUCUUCAUCUGAAGCAUAUAUCAAUUAGAAGAAACUCACUGAGCACCAUAGACGCUUCCCACUUCCCCGUAGAUAACCUUCAGAGUUUGGAUGUCUCAGAAAAUCCUUUGACCUGCAACUGUUCAUUGUUGUGGCUCUGGAAGCUGGCUGUUCAAGAGAAGAAGUCAUCUGAAACACUUUAUCAACCGUCAAACGAGACAUCUGAAUCAGACGAGUCCCCGGUUUUAAGACUAAGUGUUUCAAAUCUAAGAUGCGAUUCUCCCCAGAACCUACAGCACAAACUGCUCGUAGAUGUGCCAGAAUCUGUAGUUCGCUGUGAAACGACUUGGCUCACGGUUGCCGCAGUGACUGGUUUUGUCCUGGCUCUUUUUGUUGUGACUUGUUUUGUGCUUCUUCUCAUCAGCUCGGAGCGAUCCUUAUUCUCCUGUAAGAAGGCAAAGGACCCUAACGACGUGCCUCUGAGUGGAGACUCCAAACAUUUGGCCCCUAACCUUCACGGAGGACAAGCACCCGUGCUGAUGUUGAUGCCGGAGAAGGAGUUCCCUAGCGACCCCCUCUAUCUGAAGACUCGCCCUCCAGGCCAGGUGCGCGACUUAAGGUACAUGGAACCAUGGGUCCCUGUGAAAAGCGAACAGUUCAGUCCCGUUCACAACGAAUAUACGUUAGACAUAACCAGUAACAUUAGAAAACCUGCACAUGUGGUUUACGUAUAAAUUGUGUGUACUUUUAAUAUCUAAAGUUAUGUUGGCUCUGACUGAACAUCAUGUGAUAUGUAAAAUUGAAGGGGCAUAUGAUUGGCUUAUUUUAGAAAUACACAAUAAUUGUUCCAUGAAAAUUAAAGGUUAUUCAAUUUAAAUAAAUUAAAGUUAUGAUUAUAACAAUCAUAAUAAGAAUAAAUUAAUCUCAAAUUUUCGCUGAAUAAAAAAAUUGUUUUCAAAACAUGUGAUAACCAUCACCUGCUUGAAUUAUGAUUGGUAAUAAUAUCACACAAAAUAUUAUUAUCUCUUAAUACAAUUAUUUAAUAUUUUUCUCUAUUUUAAGUAUAUAUCUUUAUGACCAUCUUUC